AUGCGGAGCCUUUCUUUCAUUUGGCGACGUAUCCAGCUUCGAUUGAGCGUCGACCAUCACUGGACGAGGCGCCACGAUGGACACAUUCUAUCCGUUUGUCGAACUCAACGUCGUUUUUUUCAGUCAAGAGAUAAUGUUAGCCGUAUCGAGCAAAUUCCGGUUGACUCAAGUACUCGGCUUCUGUCUCCGACCUCGCGCGACUUGCGACGCCUACGAUUUUCGCUUUUGUGUAGUAAUACUCGUUAUUGCUUUCAGGCACCUCAUGACGUUGCGUAUGAAAAAUGGCGCUUAACUAUUGCUGCGGCUAUUGGCGAAGCAGAAGAGAUGGAGCAGAAGCUGCAAAUGUCGAAGACAUACUCUGUGGACGCACAUAAAGACUAUCAUGUUGGCAUCUACACACGGGAUGCUUCAAACUACAAACUCAUUCGACUGCAUCCACCGAGGAUCUAA